AUGGCGAAGAAGAACAAGAGCAAGAAGAAGAAGAAUAAGAAGAACGUCGUCGAUGCUCCAUCGGUGAAACCCAUUCCCAGCUCACCACCACCGCAUGUUUCCCCACCACCACCGCAUGUUUCCCCACCACCGCAUGUUCCCCCCAAGAAAACCAUUGCUGAUCAGCGUCUAUACAACGAAAUGAAAGGCGAGGCUUUUGCUGUAGCUUCCAGCGCUUUUGAGAAGCACGAUGCCAACGAAAGAAUUGCCGAGGAGAUAAGGACAGUGUUUAAUAGCAGAUAUGGCCCCACUUGGCAUUGCAUCGUUGGCACCAGUUUUGCCUCGUCUGUAGCUUGUGAUGAUGCCGACCACUUUUAUUUACGUUUCAGUCCCAAAGACAUUAUACUUUUUAAAUGUGACAUAGUUGAUAGAAGAAUGAGAUCUGUGUCAUCAACAGCGUCUAUUACUUGA